UUGGAUGAUAGUAAUUUAUUAGUUUUACCAUCUAAAAAACGAAAAACAACAAAGUUGGAAGAAAAACCAAAGAAGACUAAGAAACUGACUAGGAAAGAACGGAAGCAGUUAGAGAAAGUCAUAGAAAAGAAAGAGAAGAAAACAAAUAGAGCCUCUAUAUUAGAAUCACUUAGUAAAGUUCAGGCAUCACAAAAUGAACUACAGUUAUUAACCAGUAUAUCAGAAUUAAGAAUAUUCAAUGGCUUUUUAACAUUCUUCAGUAACGUUCAAGCAGAAGUAACAAAUGAUGGAGAAGUGAAACUAAAGACUGUGAAAGGUGUAAAUAAAAAGAAAGGAAAGAAACCUGAAUUGGAACCAGAGUCUGAUGGUUCCAUUGAUACUUCUGAUAUUUCUACUGAUGAAGAGGAAGAGAAGGAAGAUGAAAAGGAAAUUGAGGUUGAUCAAGAUGAAGAAAAUGGCGAUGUUGCAGAAGAAAAUGGUGAUGAAGAAGAAUCAACAGAAUCACUUGAAAAAUCUACCAUCAAUACUAAUAAAAGAGAUAAGGAAUGUUCUAAACCAAAUGAAGAAGACCAAUUAACUGUGCCUACGAAGGUUGUUGUUAAUAGAGAAGCAAGUAGAGAAAAGUUACCAAUAUUCUCGGAAGAGCAGGUUGUCAUGGAAACAAUCAAUGAUAAUCCUGUGUCUAUUAUAUGUGGUGAAACAGGUUCUGGUAAAACUACUCAAGUACCACAGUUUCUGUAUGAGGCAGGUUAUGCUCAUUGUGGAGGUAUAAUAGGUGUGACUGAACCUAGAAGAGUUGCUGCUAUUAGUAUGUCACAGCGUGUUGCUAUGGAGAUGAAUUUAUCUACAGAGGAAGUAUCUUAUCAAAUUCGUUAUGAAGGAAAUGUUACACCUAAAACCAGAAUAAAGUUUAUGACUGAUGGUGUGUUACUAAAAGAAGUUCAACAGGAUUUUAUGUUGAAUAAAUACAGUGUGAUUAUUAUUGAUGAAGCUCAUGAGAGAAGUGUUUAUACUGAUAUACUUAUUGGGUUAUUAUCUCGAAUUGUACCACUUAGAAACAAAAAAGGUAAACCAUUAAAGAUGAUAAUUAUGUCAGCUACAUUAAGAGUAGAAGAUUUCACAGAAAAUAAACAGUUAUUUAAAGUUUCACCACCAGUAUUAAAAGUUAACUCUAGACAGUUUCCUGUUACUAUACAUUUUAAUAAACGAACACCUACUGAUGAUUACUUAGCUGAAGCAUUUAAAAAGGUUUGUAAGAUACAUCGUAUGUUACCAGAUGGUGGUAUAUUAAUAUUUGUAACAGGACAACAAGAAGUUAAUACUUUAUCUCAUAAAUUACGUCAGAUGUUCCCAUUUAAUCCCAAUAAAGUUAUUCCUGAUAAGAAGGAAGAGAGAAAGAAAGAAAGAAAAAGGAAAAAAGAAAAAAAGAAAGAAAAGAAAAUAAUUUCUAAACCUAAAAUUGAACUUCCUAAAGUAGAUUUGAACAAUUAUUCUAUUAAACCAAUUGAUGAAGAGGGUGAACUUGAUGUCCUUGGUGAUGAUUCUGACCUUGACCUAAUGUCUGAUUCAGAAUCUGAAGGUGAAAAGAACAAAGAAGAGCUAGAAGAAGAGACUGGAAGUGAAAGUCCACUCUAUGUUCUACCACUGUACUCUCUGUUACCCAGUCAUAAACAAGUGAGAGUAUUUGAGCCUGUACCAGCAGGGUGUAGAUUAUGUGUAAUAUCAACCAAUGUAGCUGAAACGUCAUUAACUAUACCAAAUAUUAAAUAUGUUGUUGAUACAGGGAAGGUGAAGACUAAGUUCUAUGAUAAAGUUACUGGUGUAUCGACAUUUAAAAUAACGUGGACAUCACAAGCUGCUGCUAAUCAACGUGCUGGUAGAGCUGGUCGUAUUUCACCUGGUCAUUGUUAUAGAUUAUUUUCAUCAGCUGUAUUUAAUGAUGAUUUUGAGAAAUUUUCACCACCAGAAAUUAGUAGAAGACCUGUAGAUGACCUUCUCUUACAAAUGAAGGAAAUGAACAUAGAUAAAGUACAGAAUUUUCCCUACCCAACACCACCUGAUUUAGACCAAUUAAAGGCAGCUGAACAGUUAUUAAUCUCACUUGGAGCCUUAUCAUACCCUCCACAAAAAACUCAUAAACGUAAAAAGGGUAGUAAAGAUAAAGAUUGUACAAAGAUAACACCAUUAGGUCGAGGUAUGGCAAGGUUUCCUGUUUCACCACGUUAUGCUAGAAUACUAGCUCUUGGGCAUCAACAUGAUUUAUUACCUUAUGUUAUAGCUAUAGUAUCAGCUUUAUCUGUAGAUGAAUUAUUUAUACAGUCUUAUCAACAGUCUGAUCAGCUGGAUGAAUCAAAGCAUAAACAAAUCAGAAAUUCACAGAUAAGAAAACUGUGGGCAGGAGGGGGUGAAUCACUAUUACUAGGAGAUUUAAUGGUAUUACUGAAAGCAGUAGGAGCCUGUGAAUAUCAGGGCUUUACAACUGAUUUCUGUCAUAAAUUUGGUAUAAGAUUUAAAGCUAUGAAAGAAAUUAGAAAACUACGAGCUCAACUGACAAAUACAGUAAAUAUGGUUAUACCAGAUGCUAAUUUAUGUAUAGAUCCUAAGUUAUCUCCCCCUAGUGAUAUACAGUGUAAAAUGUUACGGCAGAUUGUAUUGGCUGGUUUAGCUGAUCAUGUAGCAAGGAGAAAUGCAGAUCCUCCACCUGGUGCUAGUGAUGAAGUCAGAAGAUUGAAACAUUCUUAUCAGUGUAUGGAAUUAGAAGAACCAGUAUUUAUUCAUCCAUCAUCUGUUCUAUUUAAAGAGAAAUGUGAUUUUAUUGUUUAUCAAAAUAUAACAGAAACAUCUAAACUGUAUAUGAAAGGUAUAGUAGGUAUCGAAGCUGAAUGGUUGCCAUUAUUUGGUGAAUAUCAUUGUAACCUCUCACAACCAUUAGAAGAUCCACAACCUUAUUAUGAUAAUCUAAGUGGUGAAGUCAUGUGUUAUAGAUCUAGUUCUUAUGGUAGAUGUAAUUGGGAAAUUAAAGCAGUCCCAAUGGAAUAUCCUCAUAAUAUUGAUAAAUUCAGAUGGUUUGCCAGGUUUUUAUUAGAAGGUCAAGUUUGUAAAAAAUUAAAAGAAUUUGUUAAUAUUUUAUUAUCAACACCAGCUACCAUGAUCAAAUCAUGGGCCAAACUACAGCCUCGAACAGAGAUAUUAUUACAAGCUUUAAUAGGUAAAAAUACAACUAAUAGAAAUAGAUUAUUAGAGAUCUGGACAACUCAACCAACAUAUUUAUAUGAAGAAUACUGCAGUUGGUUACCAGAAGCAGCCCAUUAUGAUCUCAAAUCAAAAUGGCCACCAAUAGAUUGAAUUGUCAACGGUUCAUCUUAUUGAGUUGAUGGUAUAGUAAAUUGAAGAGAGUGUAAUCAGCUUGUAAAUGAAGACAGAUACAAACAUGUCUUGUACUAUUACAAGAAUUCAAAAGGUUAAUAAAAAUUGUUGUAUUAAGAAUAAAAACUUCAAAAUGUCUUGUAAGUCAACCAAAACUUUUACAAGACGCUUAAUUCUAUGCAAAGACAACUAUAAUUUUGAUUUUCCAUUGGUUAAUCGAAAAGAGCUAAGGGAGUCUGGUCGUGAUGCACUAUGAAUAUUUAAGCAUUGUCGACUAUAAUUAUCUGACUAAGGCUCUAUGGGAUAUGCAUAACAUUGGUUGGAAGUUCGUUGUUUGCGGAAAAUACUUUGAGAGCAUGGGUUAUAUUACGGUAAGAAGGAUACCUUAUAGCCAGUUGUGCGUCUAUCGGCGCUAACUAAAUGU